CAGCCUGCCCAUCGUCGUCCUUCCGGCCCGUUCGACCCAAUUCCACGACGACAUCCCCGCUGUACACCUGCCGCCAUGGAGAACAUCAAGGAGUUUGCUGAUAUGCCCGCUGAGUUCCUCAAGGAGGGCACUCUGUUCAUGAACCGCUGCACGAAGCCCGACAAGAAGGAGUUCAUCAGGAUAUCGCAGGCUGUUGGAAUUGGUUUCUUGAUCAUGGGAGUCAUUGGCUACGUUGUCAAGCUUGUCCACAUCCCCGUCAACAACAUCCUCGUCGGCGGCUCAUAGUCGCCCGCGCACCAGAGACACCUAUCUAUUACCUUCCACUUGCAUCUCCGCCCACGCGACGGACCCCUUUACCAUAUUGUGUUGUAGUGCGCUUGGCGAGACGAGGCAGACGAGGUCACGUUACGGAUUCGGACGCUCAGGAUAUCAGACAUAGCAUAUCCCACAGGGGCUGUACAAUACCGACAUUGGGUCAGCGGGAGUUUGAAUAUAUCCACAUGAUUUU